AAAAAUACUCUUUAAUAUGUCGUUGAUUAAGAUUUGAAUACCAGAUGCUCCAGACAAAGGCAGAGGAGGAGAUGGAGGUUUGGUGGCGGAGUCGGAAAUGGGAGCAGAUACGGGUAUUCUUCUUGAUAUUGCUUCUUCACGGUGUGGCCAUUCUUAUCUUCACUCGAGGUUUCCUUCUCACCCGGACCGAGCUCCCCUUUUACAGCCAUUGCUCCGAUCUUUCCCAAUCGCCUUGCUUUUCUUCUUCGUCGUCGUCUUCUUCUCCUAACUCUUCCCAUUGUUGGACCAAGCCGGUUGUUGAUCGCGUCGUCAUCAUUGUCCUCGACGCCCUCAGGUUUGACUUUGUUGCUCCCAGUACGUUUUUCGAAGUGUCGAAACCAUGGAUGGACAAAUUACGAGUGAUUCAGAAGCUGGCUUCUGAGCGAGGAUCUUCGGCUAGGAUUUUCAAAGCUAUAGCAGAUCCACCAACCACGAGUUUGCAGCGUUUGAAAGGACUGACAACUGGUGGACUACCAACAUUUAUUGAUGUUGGGAAUAGUUUUGGUGCUCCUGCAAUUGUUGAAGAUAACUUUAUACAUCAGUUAGUUCAAAAUGGAAAGCGAGUGGUGAUGAUGGGGGAUGAUACAUGGACACAACUGUUCCCUAAUCAUUUCAAAAAGUCUUAUCCGUACCCCUCUUUUAAUGUUAAAGAUCUUCAUACGGUGGACAAUGGAUGCAUCGAACACCUGCUCCCAACCUUGUAUCAAGAUGAUUGGGACGUUCUUAUAGCACAUUUUCUUGGUGUGGAUCAUGCAGGCCACAUAUUUGGCGUUGAUUCCGGUCCAAUGAUAGAAAAAUUGGAGCAAUACAAUCUCGUUCUAGAGAAAGUAAUUGAAGUUUUGGAGAGCCAAUCUGGACCAGGUGGCUUACAUGAAAAUACAUUUCUUCUUGUGAUGGGUGACCAUGGACAAACCCUUCAUGGAGAUCAUGGUGGAGGGAGUCCUGAAGAGGUUGAAACGUCAAUAUUUGCCAUGAAUUUUAAGAAGUCUCCAUUUUCAAUACCACCUGAGUUUGAUACUUCAUCUGGUGGACACAAUUUGGAUGGGAAGAAGAUGCACAUCAGCUCUAUCCAACAGCUUGACUUUGCAGUAACACUGUCAUCGCUGCUUGGUGUCCCCUUUCCUUUUGGAAGCAUUGGGCGUGUUAAUGCUGAUUUAUAUGCUUUAGGUUCUGGUACAUUGAACUCAGAGGGCACUAAUCUAGAAAAAUGUCAGAAUCAGUCAGAAUUGGAACAAUGGAAGCAAAAUUAUGUCAAUGUACUCUGUAUCAAUUCUUGGCAGGUGAAAAGGUACAUUGAUGUUUAUUCAGCUUCAUCUCUCAUCGGAUUUUCCCAUGAAGACUUGUUGCAAAUUGCGGAUGUAUAUGCUCAAGCAGAGAAGAGUUGGUCCAAUACUACAAAGAAAUUAUUCUUAGAUCAAAAUGAAUGCUCUGAUUCAUUAUUACCUGCUCUUAAGAUGCAAGUUGACUUGUAUGUUAAUUUCCUAACAAGUGUCGCUGAGCUAGCACGCUCAAAAUGGACUGAGUUUAAUUUGAAGAUGAUGGGUACUGGUUUCGGCAUAAUGUUAGUGUCUCUGCUUAUCCAUUUACUAUCUAUCAAGUGGGUGGCCAAGCAGUAUGGUGCUUCAUUUACUUGUGGAGAUUCUGGGAUUUCGUUAGGCUUAAUUGUUGCAUGUUUUGUGGUGGUUAUACGUGCAAGCAGCUUCCUCUCAAAUAGUUAUAUUUUGGAAGAAGGAAAAGUAGCAAAUUUUCUUUUGGCUACAACUGGCAUUUUUAAGUUACGUUACGCAAUCCUGAGGAAGAAGAUGCUAUUAGAAGCAGUUGUCUUCCUUCUCUUGAUCACCUUUUGCAGAUUUACCAUUGAAAUUGGGCUAUCAAAGCAGGCCGUGACCUCUCAAUUUCUGAACGCAUAUCCUUCGUGGAUGAUGAGUAUGGUCUCACAGUUUCCUGCUUGGAUGUAUAUAGCUGAAGUUGUGCCAAUGCUAGUGGUGAUUUUGUUGUCAUACUUGCUAUACAAGACCAUUUCUAACAGCUGUUUUGUGGGGAUUUGGAAGUAUGUGAUCAUGGGAACCAUUUUAAGUUAUAUGCUCAUAGCAGUGCACUGGGCCUCAGAAAGUGGUACAUGGAGUCUGGCUCUGGUUUCUUAUGGCAUUGGCAGAAAUUGCAUUCCCCGAAUGAUUUAUGGUAUUGGGCUUGGACAAUUAUCACUACUGGCAUUUAGUCAGCUGUUCAACAAAGAUAAAGGUUUAGAUCGCAGCAAAAGCUUAGUUGUUAAAACGGUGGGAAUGCUAUCUGCUUUGAGUUCAGUCGUCAUUCUGCUGUCAGGAAAACAAGGUCCCUUGGUUGCUUUAGCAUCCAUAAUUGGAGGCUGUUGCAUAAUGAGGCUGGGCAACAUGGAAAACGAAGCCAAGGACAGCAUGAGUGAUCCUCUUCCCGUAAUACAAUGGAACCUUCUAGCGGCAUGUAUGUUCUUCUGCACUGGUCACUGGUGUGCUUUUGAUGGCCUUCGAUAUGGUGCUGCAUUUAUCGGGUUUGAUGAAUUUAUCCUUAUUCGCCAAGCAAUCUUCCUUACAAUUGACACAUUUGGUUUUUCUCACAUCCUUCCUAUAUUUGCACUGCCAUUUCUUGUUGCUCGCCAAAAUAUGUUGAGUCAGAAACAAUUCAUUUUAAUGCGGUUAUCUCAAGUAUAUCUGACGUAUGGGCUCAUUACGGCCACCACAGUUACAGUCACGAUGUUAUGUGUCACAAUUCACAGGCGGCAUUUAAUGGUAUGGGGGUUAUUCGCCCCAAAGUUUGUUUUCGAUAUCGUGGGUCUUAUCCUUACAGAUGUCUUCAUUUGCUUGGCCUCACUUUUCUAUUUCGGUCGAGUGGAGAAGGAAGUGCUACAAAAUCCAAGUACUGAAAAAUGAUUGCUAAUACUACGAGCAACAUAUUUUCAAGUUAUGUAAUUAGUAUUUAUUUCAAGCACUGGUUUUGAUUUUUUCUUAAGAGGAUAUGCGUUGAGAAACGCAUCAAGUCGGUUACAUAUGCAUGGUUAAUCUCGGUUUGCCAAAUACGAAGUUUGUUCUUGAAAAGCUAUCCAUGUUAAGCUUUGUAGUUUGCGUC